GGUCGGAUUUUCAAGCCGAUCGCACUUUAGACGCAAAACUCGGGCAAAACCCCGAAACGUCUUUUCCGUACGACCUUACCCUACACAGGUUGACAUUCUAGAUGGUGACCGUACACUAAAAAAAACCCCUUAUCGUGCGUGCGUACGUGCGUGCGUCCGUACCGUGUCCUUUGGGCAGUGCAGAAACAAAAGAGAAAAAAACAGCAAAGCUAGAGUGAGUGCAAGGUGUAACGCAUCGAACAACCGUCAAGGACAAUACCAUUAGGAAAACACCAACGGUGAACAAAUAGCAGCGCAUAAGGGAACCAAACACACACAGCGGAAAAAUUCUUUCUAAAGCCCACAGCAUGGCGGGUUUUCCCAUCUAUUCGCUGCUGAUUCUCGGAACCAGCCUGGUGGUGUUGGGCUCACAGCAUUCCCCGUACUCCCUACAGGCUGCCAUUGAUGCUCUGCAUCGCCGUGAAGCUCAGCUAGCUUUGCGAGAUGAGGCCGCGGCUGAACAAAUGGAUGAUGAUGGUUACUGGAUGGAACCCACUGAAGAGCAGCAACAGCAGUUCCGUCCGAAUCGACAAAGGUUAAACCGCAUUCUGGCAAACUAUUUGCGACGUGAUGAGGACCCAGAAGAUGGAUACGAUCCAUACGAUUUGGACACACGCAAGCGUUCCGUGUUUAGGGAGAGAGAUGAACAAUCGUCCUAUCCGACCGUGUUCCGUGAGCGGGAACUUGAGAAAUCUUACCCACAUCCAGAUCUGUCCGCUGACUUCUUGCGUGCUGUAGAUCGUCAAGCGAUCGCCGAGCGAGAGGAAGAGUUCCAGGAUCGUUUGCAGCAGCUGUGGGACAAAUAUCAGCAGGAGGAGAACGAAAUCGAACAGCGACUUUUCGACGAGGAACCAUUAGUCCCGGUUGGAUACGAAAAGCGGCAAGGAUUCCCCAUGUCCGAAUCGGAACCAUCUCCCGCACACUAUGGUCCUCCGAUGCAAGAACGCAAACGAACACUUCCGAUUCUGCCGUGGCUUCCAGCCACGCGCAAGAAGCGAUUCCCUGUGGCUAAACGAUCGCCCAAACCCGAAGUUCCCCCAUCCGGUACCGAUGAGAAGGUGGCCAAGGAUUUGCAAGCCCUGUUCGGUGCUCCGAUCGAGCAAAAGCGCAAACGUUCCAGUGAACCGUCUAGCGCACCAAGUUCCACGGUAAGCUCUGGCGUAACCACGACGGUCUCUACCACAACCGAACGCGCAUUGGAAGCGAACAAAGCUAAGCGAGAGUCAAGCGACGAACAUCACGAACACAGCUCGGAGGAAGGACCGGAAGAGGACGAACAUGAGCACGAUCACGAACACGAACACGAUCAUGAGGAUUCGAGUGAAGAGUUUGAGGGUGAAGAUGAUGACAAAAAGAAGAAACGAUCCGUGCGAAAACGAUCUAAUCUGGAAGUAGUGAAGGAGGAUCAAAUCCUUCCCGGAGAUAUUGGGGAAUUUAAGUCGAAGAAAUCGAUCCAGUGGAACAAAUACUUUGGUAUGGAUCGCAGGAAAAAGGAUGGCCGAAAUGGUGCUGGCAACGGACCUGUCCCGUACCCGCUGAGCUUUUACAAGACGUACGAUGAGGAUCGCAAGAAGAAGAACAUAAAUCAAGACAAGCUGGAAAGCAUGGCAAAGAAGCUGAAAAGUAUCGAAGAUCUAAUUCUGGACCAGACGGUUAAGUACACGGGAGAUCAUGAAGGACUUAUUACCGAACCGGAUGAGAUGGAAAAGUUAAAAGACAAGCUUGUGGCACGGUUGGCCACUGCGUACAGCAUCGAGAAGAUGCGCCACACAUUGGAACGGUUGAAGGAUUCAGUAAACGAUGAUCAGCUGAAGCUGAACGAAGUGGAACCGGAGCAGCCUCGCGAAGAAAAGGAAAAAGCCAAACGUGUUGCUGUGAAGAAGGAACGCGCUGAGUACGAUCACAGCCAACACAGCAUGGAAGGUAACGAUAAAGUAGCGCACGAAGAAGUUGAAAACAAUCUCGAUGAUGUGGAGGAAGACAAAAAGAAGAAGAAGCGUACUCAAAAACGGUACCAGGAAAUAUUCCGGGAUCCCGAAGAACCCGAGCUAGACGAUGAGUUUAGCCGAGGGUUGGUUGUUGAGUCCACUGAAUGUCCACUGCUAGAUGCGUUUGAGAGGCGAUGUCGUGGAGUAGACGUGCUUAGCGGUGAUAUCUAUCAGGAGCUGCUACCGGCCUGUGGUGCCCAUCAACUAUGCUAUCUAUGCGGUGUUUCACCGAAAGUGUGCGAUCUGCAGUAUCUCUCAGUGUCGGACAACAUAUGCGAAAAUCAACCGGACUGCCAGACGACCGCCCGAUCCGUGCUGAUGAUACUGCGAGGCUUUCCCGGACCUCAUCUAGGUACGCGCGAAUGCGCCAAGAAUCCCUGCCUGUAUCGGGCCAUGGUUGAACUUGGUGUCGUAGAUCAGGCACUUCGGAUUCUUCUGGGCACAAAAGUAGCCCGAAGUAUGUCGUCUGCUAGAGUUCCUCCAUCCCAGCAGCAGGAGUUCUACGGUCCGGAUACACCAACGUUCGAUCUGAGCUGGGACUAUAACUACGACAGUACACUAGCAGCGCCACCGAACAAUGUACCACCCGUCGUGCACAGUGGCGAAAAUCGAAUCAUCACGGCACAACCACAGUCUCAGAGUGACCGUAAUGGUGUCAGCCUACGAAUAGCACCACCCCAAUCGAGUGAUAAUAUACAAUCCGUCAACAGUCCCUUCCUGACGCCCUUUUCACCCCGAGCCGGGUUAGAUUUUCUCUACGGACUGCCGUCUGUGUUUAUUCAACAGAGCUACGAACUCAACGAAUUACUAUCGGGCGUUUCAUCCGACAAUCGGUUUACCAUCAGAGGACCUUCAAACGAAGCGCUUUACGGUGCAUCGGAAACAUCCGACCCAAAGGAUCGUUUCUGGGGCUCACUACGACCGUUCAGUCUAACCCUAGUCGAUCGCAGCCAUCAGGAGGUGCUGCUGUUUAAGAAAAAUCUCGGCUGCGGUGUGUUUUGUUGCUUCUGCAAGAACCAGUUCCUGGAGGUGUGGGCCAGCCCGGGUGAGCUGAUCGGCUGCAUACAGCAGGACUAUGGCAUACUGUCGCAGGAGAUCAUUCUCAUGAAUAGUGAUAUCAACACGAUGUUUCGCAUACCGAUAUCCUUCCUCAAUGCGAUACGGAUGCCGAAGGAGACACACUUCCGGGUGCUGGAUCGUGACCGUAUGACGCAGAAAGGGACGAUCACCCGCUCGUGGAAUGUUAAUACGGCGAGCUACACAAACAACAUCUACUAUUCCGAUCCGACGAUGGACGUCAAGUUUAAGUCGCUCUUCAUUGCGGCAGCUUUUAUGUUGGAAUAUUUAUACUUUCAAUCAAACUGUUGUUAAGAAUGGUGAAUUAUGAAUUUACUUAAGAUUAACCGGUAUACUUAAUUUCGUUGGUUUGACAAGCAAUAAAAAUAUAAAAAACAUGGUACCAAUACGGAA